AUGGGAUCUGGUGGAUCUUUGACGUUAGCUAGCGGAAGAAUGUUUAUGAUUUUCGCAAAUACUUUGACUACGAUUGCUGGAUUAAUUCUUAUUGGAUUGGGUCUAUAUGGAGUUUUUUCGUCAGAAAUUCGAUUAUAUUCUAGUGAGAUUCCAAUUGCAACAAUUGUGCUCGGGUUCCUUGUAUUGUUAAUCUCGAUCACUGGAUGUUGUGGAGCAAUCGCUGAAAAUAGACCCAUAUUGGUGACUGUAUCCUUUACAACGCAAAUCAUAUUUGCGGCCGUUAUAUUGGCUGAUAGAGCAAAUGUGGAAGACAUACUUAAUAAUGCAUGGCAGAAGGCUUAUGAUGACCAUCCGAGCAUUAUUCGUGAUGUCGAAGAUGAAUAUUCAUGCUGUGGAUUUAGGAAUGUCACUGACCGUGCCGUCCCCAAGUCAUCACCUGACGCAUGCGUUAAUAGUCCUUGGUUUGGUUAUGAUAGACCUUGUUUAGAUAAUCUUUCUCGUGCUUACAGAAGCCAUCAUACUAUGCUUGGUGUUUGGGGUAUAAUUUUGGCGAUUAUUCAGAUUUUGGCCCUUAUUUCCUCAUACAUUCUUAUCGCAUUUUUGCCUAACGCUAGAGAGCGCGAAAAUCAAUAUUUAUCUGAGCAUGAUCGCAUUGUUCGUGGGCAUGGAGGAGCCGGUGGGAAAACUCUUAGACCCCAUGAAAUUGGUCAACAAUCCAGUUCAGUAUACGGAAGUACAUAA